AUGCAAACGCCGGAGCAGACUCCUCUAACUCCGCGGGACUCGGGGCGAUCGAGCUCGCCUCAGCUGAACUUCACGCCACGCGCGAGCGCCGGCAGCCCGUACAGCUCGCAGCAACCCACCAUCCGAUCCACUCCGUCCUUCCCCAGAAGCGACCUCGGCGGCUCCAUGGCGCAGCGCCGCAGGUUCCACCGCCGCAGGCAGGGCGCAUCAGGGCAGGCGGCAUCUGGGGGAGGUGCACCUUCAGGCACGCCUGUCAGCACGCCAGGGCCCCCUGAGCCAUCUGAUAGCCUGGGAGGCAAUUCGGAGCAGGACAGAAUGUCAUGGGAGCAGUACCACCGGCAGCAGCAGCAGAGGGGGAGAAGAGGAGCCGCAGGAGCUGGGGGAAGGGCAGGGGGAGGGGCAGGGGGAGGGGCAGGAGCAGGGGCAGGGUCGCGUGGGGAGGCAGGACUGGGUGGGGGUGCGCAAGAGAUGGGGGGACAGGGGCAGGGGGCGGGGGAGGGGGAGGAGGAGGAGGAGGAGGAGGAGGAGUUGGAGGGGACGUUCGUGUGGGGCACGGGGGUGAGCGUGCAGGACGUGUCGAGCAAGUUUGCAUCGUUCGUGCGGCACUUCAGGGAGGCGGAUGAUGCCCUUCACGCCAAGUACUCUCAGCAGCUUGAUGAGGUGCGGUUUGGGUCGGGGGGGAGGGGUUGUAGUGGGAAGGGAAGGGAGGGAUUGAAAGAGGCGGUCUUGGGAUGGGAAGGGAGUGAGAAAGGAGACGAACUGUCCAGCACGCUUGUAUUGCUCGUGCAGCACUUCAGAGAGGCGGAUGAUACCCUUCACGUUAAGUAUCCUCAGCAGCUUGAUGAGCUGGUGGAGAUGGAGGGAGACACCUUCCCUGUGGACUGUGCUGACGUGUACGCCUUCUCUGCUGAGCUGUACCGCCUGCUAGUGCGCUACCCAUUGGAGGUCAUCCCCAUCUUCGACAUCAAGAUCGCUGAGCUGGCAGCCGACCGCAUGCCCAUGUGGGACAAGCACAUCCAGGUGCGGACAUUCAACCUCCGGGACACGGUGCACAUGCGCGACCUCAACCCCUCAGACGUCUCAAAGCACUUCUUCAUACACAGCACCACACCACACAUCACACCUUCCCCCCCUCUUUCGCUUCUCACGCUCCCUUCAUCCUCUUGUCUAACCCUCCUUCCUGCCCGUUAUCACUCCCUACCAGACAUCGAUGCACUGGUUGCGGUGAGGGGCAUGGUCAUCCGUACCUCCUCCAUCAUCCCAGACAUCAAGGCUGCUUACUUCAAGUGCCUCGUGAGCGGCCACAGCCACUCUCAUGCCCACAUGCCUACUGAUCAUCUUUCACACCAACCCCUGCCCCCUCCAACCUCCCUCUUUUCCCACCUUUCCCGCGCUCCCUCCUCUCCUCCUACCCUCCCUCCCCUCCUCCAACCCUCCCUCCCCUCCUCCUACCCUCCCUCCCGUCCCACCUUUCUCCAACGCUUCUCCCAUCACCAGACAUCGAUGCACUGGUUGCGGCAGUGGGGAACAGUGCGUGGGUGGAAUGACAUCAAAACUACUUACUUCAAGUGCUUCGUGUGCGGCCACUCGCCAGACCUCGUGCUUGUGGACCUCGUGCUUGUGGACCUCGUGCUUGUGGACCUCGUGCUUGUGGACCUCGUUCUUGUGGACCUCGUGCUUGUGGACCUCGUGCUUGUGGACCUCGUGCUUGUGGACCUCGUGCUUGUGGACCUCGUGCUUGUGGACCUCGUGCUUGUGGACCUCGUGCUUGUGGACCUCGUGCUUGUGGACCUCGUGCUUGUGGACCUCGUGCUUGUGGACCUCGUGCUUGUGGACCUCGUGCUUGUGGACCUCGUGCUUGUGGACCUCGUGCUUGUGGACCUCGUGCUUGUGGACCUCGUGCUUGUGGACCUCGUGCUUGUGGACCUCGUGCUUGUGGACCUCGUGCUUGUGGACCUCGUGCUUGUGGACCUCGUGCUUGUGGACCUCGUGCUUGUGGACCUCGUGCUUGUGGACCUCGUGCUUGUGGACCUCGUGCUUGUGGACCUCGUGCUUGUGGACCUCGUGCUUGUGGACCUCGUGCUUGUGGACCUCGUGCUUGUGGACCUCGUGCUUGUGGACCUCGUGCUUGUGGACCUCGUGCUUGUGGACCUCGUGCUUGUGGACCUCGUGCUUGUGGACCUCGUGCUUGUGGACCUCGUGCUUGUGGACCUCGUGCUUGUGGACCUCGUGCUUGUGGACCUCGUGCUUGUGGACCUCGUGCUUGUGGACCUCGUGCUUGUGGACCUCGUGCUUGUGGACCUCGUGCUUGUGGACCUCGUGCUUGUGGACCUCGUGCUUGUGGACCUCGUGCUUGUGGACCUCGUGCUUGUGGACCUCGUGCUUGUGGACCUCGUGCUUGUGGACCUCGUGCUUGUGGACCUCGUGCUUGUGGACCUCGUGCUUGUGGACCUCGUGCUUGUGGACCUCGUGCUUGUGGACCUCGUGCUUGUGGACCUCGUGCUUGUGGACCUCGUGCUUGUGGACCUCGUGCUUGUGGACCUCGUGCUUGUGGACCUCGUGCUUGUGGACCUCGUGCUUGUGGACCUCGUGCUUGUGGACCUCGUGCUUGUGGACCUCGUGCUUGUGGACCUCGUGCUUGUGGACCUCGUGCUUGUGGACCGAGGUGCGUGUGACAGAGGAGCCAAGGCGCUGUCCCUGGCCCGAGUGCGGAGCGUUGAACAGCAUGACGCUGCUGCACAACCGCAGUCGCUUUAUCAACAAGCAGAUGCUUCGCCUGCAGGAGACGACACAUGUAAUGUCCCCCAUCCCCCAUCCCCACUCCCUUCUCCCAGGGGGGUGAUAGAGGAGCCGAGGCGGUGCCCGUGGCCCGAGUGUGGGGCGCUCAACAGCAUGACUCUGCUGCACAACCGCAGCCGCUUUAUCAACAAGCAGAUGCUUCGCCUGCAGGAGACGCCAGAGGAUAUGCCGGAAGGGGAGACCCCGCAUACCGUGUCCGUGUUUCUGUUUGACUCCCUGGUUGACACUGCAAAACCGGGUGACCGAGUGGAGGUGACAGGCGUGUUCCGAGCCGUGCCCGUGCGGGUAAACUCCAACCAGCGCAACCUGCGCUCGCUCUACCGGACCUAUCUGGACUGCAUUCACAUUCGCAAGGAGGAGGGGGGCCGCACACGUAACAAGGGGGCAGCACAGCCGUCACAGUCACAACAGCCGCUGACAACAUCUGCUGGGGGUGAUGCGGAUGAUGCAAACCCUGACGCUGCCUACUUCUCACCGCAACAGGUGGAGGCAUUUCGGGAACUAUCCCGGCAGCCGGACAUAUACGAGCGGUUGGCUCGCUCCCUGGCGCCGUCCAUCUAUGAGCUGGACGACAUCAAGAAGGGACUGCUGUGCCAGCUGGAUGACAUCAAGAAGGGGCUGCUGUGCCAGCUCUUUGGCGGGUUGGUAAAACGCCUGUCAUCCGGAGUGCAGUUCCGAGGAGACAUGAACGUGCUGUUGCUCUUUGGGGGGUCGGUAAAGCGCCUAUCGUCAGGAGUGCAGUUCCGAGGAGACAUGAACGUGCUGCUGGUGGGGGACCCGGGCACGAGCAAGUCGCAGCUGCUGCAGUAUGUGCACAAGAUCGCUCCCAGGGGGAUUUACACCAGCGGCAGGGGGAGCAGUGCUGUGGGCCUGACAGCCUAUGUGACCAAGGACCCUGAGACACGCGAAAUGGUGAGCUGA